AUGAAGCGCCCCUUCGUCCAUGGAUCACAAACCCAAACGUCUGAAUUAUAAGAACUGUACAUCCCUUCUCGCGCUAAAGUUCCCAAUUGCUCAUAAUGUCUCGAUUAUCUGCUCGAUGAAUUGAAAAUCCAAAGGCUUGCGACGAUCGAUUGGCUACGAGAGCCAUGUUGAGCUCAGAUUCAACUCUCCGGACCACAAAGCUUUCCGCCUUCGUGCCCCCGCUUGGUGCUCGCCCCAUUUUCAUGCGUUUUCAUUGCAGCUGCAGACUGAAAUCGAUUGAAAAGGCGUCAUCCCUUAAGAGAUUUUCCCGCGAAGUAAGAUCGUCCUUUCUUUUUUCGUCAUCUUACUGUCCUUCUGAAUUCCAAAGUAUCAGAACCUCAGGGUUGAGAAAUGGAGAAAAACUGAUUCAGGUUAGGCAAGAAAUGGGUGGAAGGUACGGAACUAGCUCUGCCGUGGUUGCAGCUCGAGCUGGUGAACAGAGUGUAGUAACUGAAGAAGCAAUCCAGCAGGUAGAAGAGAAAAUGCUGAAAGUUUUACCAGGUCAAGCACAUCCUCUAGGAGCCUCGGAGGUUGAAAGUGGAACCAAUUUCGCAAUUUUCUCUCAAAAUGCUACGGCUGUUACACUUUGUUUAGUUCUUCAACAUAGGGGAUUACAUAAUGUACUUGAUCAAGGGAUGAUUGAAUUACCACUGGACCCGCAAGUAAAUAAGACAGGAGAUAUAUGGCACAUCUGCGUGGAGGCCUUGUUGGGCUUAAAGAGCUGUGAUGCUGAGAAGGGUCAUCGGGAUUUGCCACGGAAUAAUGUGUUAUAUGGUUAUCGCAUUGACGGUCCUUCAGACUGGCAUCAAGGCCAUCGUUUUGAUUAUAAGAAUAUUUUGCUCGAUCCAUAUGCAAAGUUGAUUGAAGGACGCCGAGUAUUUGGUGAUGCCAACCACAAGAUGUCUAAGUUUUUUGGAGCAUAUGAUUUUGAUUGCUCACCUUUUGACUGGGGACCCAACUAUAAGGUUCCAAACAUACAUGAGAAGGAUCUUGUUAUAUAUGAAAUGAAUGUGCGCGCCUUCACAGCUGAUGAAUCCAGUGGGCUGGAUCCAAAUAUACGUGGCAGCUACCUUGGUGUGAUAGAGAAGAUACCACAUCUUGUGGAGCUUGGGGUCAAUGCAGUUGAACUGUUGCCUGUGUUUGAGUUUGAUGAAAUGGAGUUUCAAAGGCAGCCAAAUCCAAGAGAUCACAUGAUCAAUACGUGGGGUUAUUCAACUAUAAAUUUCUUUGCACCUAUGAGUCGAUAUGCAAGCAAUGGUGGAGGAUCAAGUAAUGCUUCACGAGAAUUCAAAUCAAUGGUUAAAGCAUUGCAUGGUGCAGGUAUUGAGGUCAUUUUAGAUGUUGUUUACAACCACACAAAUGAGACCGAUGAUAAGAAUCCAUAUACUACUUCAUUUCGUGGCAUAGAUCACAAGGUUUAUUACAUGUUAGACUUAAAUGGCCAGUUGGUGAACUACUCUGGUUGUGGGAAUACGUUGAAUUGUAACCAUCCUGUUGUCAUGGAACUUAUUCUCAACAGCUUGAGGCACUGGGUCACAGAGUAUCAUGUGGACGGGUUUCGUUUUGAUCUCGCUAGUGUGCUUUGCCGAGGAACCGAUGGUUCUCCACUCAACUCUCCUCCAUUAGUCAAGGCAAUUGCUAAAGAUAACAUCCUCUCAAGAUGUAAGAUCAUUGCAGAACCCUGGGAUUGUGGAGGCUUAUAUCUUGUAGGAAAAUUUCCCAACUGGGAUCGGUGGGCUGAAUGGAAUGGCAUUUACCGCGAUGAUGUUAGAAGAUUUAUAAAGGGUGAGAAUGGUAUGAAAGGAAGUUUUGCUACUAGAGUUGCUGGUUCUGCUGAUCUGUACCGAGUAAACAAGCGAAAGCCAUGGCAUGGUGUCAAUUUUGUAAUUGCACAUGAUGGAUUUACUCUAUAUGACCUUGUGUCUUACAAUUUUAAGCACAAUGAUGCUAAUGGUGAAGGUGGAAAUGAUGGAAGCAAUGACAAUUUUAGCUGGAACUGUGGCUUCGAAGGGGAAACUGAAGACACAUUUAUCAAGAAACUGCGCAUGCGGCAAAUGAAGAACUUCCACGUGGCACUGAUGAUAUCCCAGGGAACUCCAAUGAUGCUAAUGGGAGAUGAAUAUGGUCAUACCCGAUAUGGAAAUAAUAACAGCUAUGGGCAUGAUAAUGCUCUCAAUCAUUUCCAGUGGGGACAACUACAAGACAUGAAGAAAGAUCUGUUUAGGUUUUUCUCAGAGAUGAUUAAAUUUAGACGUGGUCAUCAUGUCUUUACAAGAGAAGAUUUCAUUAGCAAGAAAGAGGUGACAUGGCAUGAGGACAAAUGGGAAAACUGCGAGAGUAAAUUCCUUGCAUUUACGCUUCAUGAAGAGAAUGGAGAUGAUCUAUAUGUGGCAUUCAACGCACAUGACUACUUUGUGAAAACUGUUAUACCUUCACCACCACAAAGAAAACGGUGGUUCCGUGUGGUAGACACCAAUCUGGAGUCUCCCAACGACUUUGUUGUAGAAGGUGUUCCAAGCGUGGGGGAUAUUUACAAUAUUGCUCCUUACUCUUCCAUUAUUCUUGAAGCCAAACCGAAUGUGUAAUGUUUUGGGCUUGUGUUCUUCUCAAGUUGCUUUUUAGUUUCUAAAGUGUACUCAAUUUUGCUUACUUAAUAUGUUGUAUACUAAGGGAAGUACAAGUUCAAUAAUGUGAAUUACAAAAACUAAAAUGAAUUAUUACAAUUUAUGAAAAAGUUGAAUAGUGGUUCUUGAGACAGA